UUGGAGGACGUCGAGGAGCAGAAAGGAGGAGAUGCUGUGAUUGUCAGUUUAUAGACCGAACCUCCACCGGAUAACGGAGCUUUCCUUCUUUUUGAAUUGUGUGUAAUUCAAGAACUGUGAUCCCUUUGGAUGAGAAGGAUCUGUCCGUCCGCCCACCCUGCCAUCUAGACAGCCACGGUCCGCACCGAGAUACCCCGAGGAUCGGAUCAUGUCCGGCCGGCCCAGGACCACCUCCUUCGCGGAGAGCUGCAAGCCCGUGCCGCAGCCCUCGGCGUUCGGCAGCAUGAAAGUCAGCAGAGAUAAGGACGGCGGUAAGGUGACCACGGUGGUGGCCACCCCGGGCCAGGGCCCUGACCGCUCCCAGGAGGUGAGCUACACGGACACCAAGGUGAUCGGCAACGGCUCCUUCGGCGUGGUCUACCAGGCCAAGCUCUGCGACUCAGAGGAGAUGGUGGCCAUCAAGAAGGUCCUGCAGGACAAGAGGUUCAAGAACCGCGAGCUCCAGAUCAUGAAGAAGCUGGACCACUGUAACAUCGUCAGGCUUCGCUACUUCUUCUACUCCAGCGGGGACAAGAAGGACGAGGUGUACCUGAACCUGGUCCUGGACUACGUCCCGGAGACGGUCUACAGGGUGGCUCGUCACUACAGCCGGGCCAAGCAGACCCUGCCCAUGGUCUACGUCAAGCUGUACAUGUACCAGCUCUUCCGCAGCCUGGCCUACAUCCACUCCUUCGGGAUCUGUCACCGUGACAUCAAGCCCCAGAACCUGCUGCUGGACCCCGAGACGGCCGUGCUGAAGCUCUGUGACUUCGGCAGUGCUAAGCAGCUGGUCCGUGGAGAGCCCAACGUUUCCUACAUCUGCUCCCGCUACUACCGCGCCCCUGAGCUCAUCUUCGGCGCCACGGACUACACCUCCAGCAUAGAUGUGUGGUCAGCUGGCUGCGUGCUGGCAGAGCUGUUGCUAGGGCAACCCAUCUUCCCCGGCGACAGCGGAGUGGACCAACUGGUGGAGAUCAUCAAGGUCCUGGGGACCCCCACACGCGAGCAGAUCCGGGAGAUGAACCCCAACUACACAGAGUUCAAGUUCCCCCAGAUCAAGGCCCACCCCUGGACUAAGGUGUUCCGGCCGCGCACGCCCCCCGAGGCCAUCGCGCUGUGCUCGCGGCUGCUGGAGUACACGCCCACGGCCCGCCUCACCCCCCUGGAGGCCUGCGCCCACUCCUUCUUCGACGAGCUGCGGGACCCCAACGUCAAGCUGCCCAACGGCCGCGAGAAGCCCCACCUCUUCAACUUCACCACCCAGGAGCUGUCCAGUAACCCCUCCCUGGCCUCCAUCCUCAUCCCAGCUCACGCACGCAGCCAGCCCUCCGCCUCCACCCCGACUAACACCUCCGCCAACACGGGUCAGUACACCGUCAGCCCCCAGUACACCGUCAGCCCCCAGUACACCGUCAGCCCCCAGUACACCGUCAGCCCCCAGUACACCGUCAGCCCCCAGUACACCGUCAGCCCCCAGGACACCGUCAGCCCCCAGUACACCGUCAGCCCCCAGUACACCGUCAGCCCCCAGUACACCGUCAGCCCCCAGUACACCGUCAGCCCCCAGUACACCGUCAGCCCCCAGUACACCGUCAGCCCCCAGGACACCGUCAGCCCCCAGUACACCGUCAGCCCCCAGGACACCGUCAGCCCCCAGUACACCGUCAGCCCCCAGUACACCGUCAGCCCCCAGGACACCUCCACCUUGGAGGGCGCACGGAUCGCUUCCCAGCAGCACCAACCCCGCCGCCUGCGCCUCCAACCCACUCUUCCCAUGAACUCCGCCACGCCCACAACCUCCGCCGCCUCCCCCACCCCAGACCCCCACCCCUCCAGCGCCAGCCUCUGA